UGAGUAUUGUGAAUUAUCGGAGCGACUCGCCCUUCUGAAAUCGUUCUGACGAAGAAAUCAUGGCGUGCUUUUCUAGAGGAUUUCAGGGUAUAUUCAGAGCUCAUAGAGAUGGAGGAGCAUUCUCCCAGAGAUGGAGUUCAAUCAGCAGGUCACUGUCGGUGAGCAGCAAACUCAACGCAGAGUUCUUCAACAGCUCUCAGGAGGCAGUGUGGGACAUUGGUGAUGACACAAAGAUCCUUGCUGGAGGUUUUGGACUGGUUGGGAUUCCAGAGAACCUCAUCAGGGCUCUGAGAGUGACUGGACCCAAGUUCCUGACUGUUGUCAGCAAUGAAGCUGGGAGCAACGAGACAACAAAAGAGUGAUACCAACAGCAAUGAUGAGAUGGGACUUGGUAUUCUGAUAAAGAACCACCAGGUGAAGAGGAUCGUCUGCUCCUUCAUUGGCAACUGCCGUGAGCUGGAGAAGCAGUACCUGAGUGGAGACAUUGAGGUGGUGUUGUCUCCGCAGGGCUCUCUGGCUGAGAGGAUCAGGGCUGGCGGUGCGGGCAUCCCUGCCUUCUAUACCCCCACCGGCUUUGGGACCCUGGUCCACAAGGGAGAGCCCAUCAAGUUUGAUGACAAGCAACACGUGGAGAUAGAGAGUCGGGGGAAGGAGCACCGGGUGUUUGCAGAUCAUCACUACAUCAUGGAGGAGUCCAUUACUGGAGACUUUGCUCUCGUGAAGGCCUGGAAGGCCGACAUAUACGGGAACCUAGUUUUCAGAAAGUCAGCCAGAAACUUUAAUAUUCCCAUGGCAAAAGCAGCGAGAUGCACCAUUGCUGAAGUGGAGGAGGUUGUAGAUGAACCGCUUAAACCCGAAAACAUUCAUCUUCCCAGCAUCUAUGUUCAGAGAGUGGUAAAAGGAGAGAGAUAUGACAAAGUUAUAGAGAGGCGGACGACGCGAGCCAGGGGGCAAGAGUCUACCAGAUUGACACCCACAAACGACCGCGAGAGGCAAAGGGAUAGGAUUGUGCGCAGAGCAGCCCUCGAGUUCCAUGAUGGCAUGUAUGUUAACCUGGGUAUUGGUAUUCCGAUGCUGGCCAGCAACUACAUUCCUAAAGGGAUGAGGGUGGUCAUACACAGCGAGAACGGUGUCCUGGGCAUGGGCCCAUAUCCUUAUGAGGGGGAAGAAGACUGUGAUCUCAUUAAUGCAGGGAAGGAGACUGUGACUCUGAUAGAUGGGGGGUCCUACAUGGACAGUGCUGAAGUGUUUGCAAUGAUCAGAGGUGGACAUUUGCACAUGACAAUGUUGGGGGCCAUGCAGGUGUCUAAAGAUGGGGACCUAGCCAACUGGAUGAUACCGGGGAAGUUGGUGCGGGGAAUGGGAGGGGCUAUGGACCUAGUGGCUCCUCACGAGAAGACCAGGGUCGUUGUCACCAUGGAACACACUGCCAAGGAUGGUUCUCCAAAGAUCCUUGAAAGAUGUGAGUAUCCGAUAACUGGAAAGAACUGUGUGGACCGCAUCAUCACCGAGAUGUGUGUGAUGGACAGAGUGGUUGGCCGUGGGUUGGAGGUGGUGGAACUGGCUGAUGGUGUGUCACUGGAGGACAUCAGGUCUUGUACCGGAGCUACCUUUGAGGUAUCUGAUGAUAUGCGACCAAUGCAACAGAUUGAAGUGUAGCCAUUUUCUACCGUCGCAAGAGUCAUUUUUAUAGCUUCUCUAAUAAUAUUAUUGCUGAAAAAACAUUAGUUUCAUGCUGUCAGCCAAGUACUUUUUAGUAUUUCAGAUUUCAAUUUUUCAUGUAAUAAUUAUAUUGUAAUGUUGCGUACAAUUGGUAUAUAGUAAGAUGAUUAUUGGCAAUCAGACCAUGGGAAGCUCCAUAACUGCUUGGUCCUACAGCAGUGCUCACAGGCAGUGCAGCCCUAACAGAAGAUGUGCUCACUUGGAACGGCACUAGUUGGGGAGUUAAAGUUCCCUCUGUCCUCUGAUACCAGAUCCUCAUGGGAGAACUACAGGAGAGAGAUGUGAGCUCUACAUUUUUGUGGCCUUUAGCUACUUCUCUUGCGGUCUGAUCAGCACAUGGCGCCAUAGCCUGUUGCACAACAUUUUGGCGACCCCCUCCACCAGCCAUAGUACAGUAUAGUAGAGGCGUAUUGUGACGCACGCAAAAGUGCCCCCGCGCACGCCGCCCCCAGAGCUGAUCUGAGAGAGGGCGUGGACCCUCGGCCGACGAGCCAAGAAGCUUCGACGCCUCACACGCACAUACAUAGUGUAUACUAUGUCUGCCGGCGGGCCAAAGUCUAGGCAGGGCAAAGCUUCGGCGCGGGGUAUAUGGUGGGACUUCUCGUCUGGGUCAGCGUCAAAUCGCAAACUUCAUCGUAAACCCAGUUGCCAGGAGAGCGUUGAUGGGGAGCGCUGCAGGGAGAUGUCUCGUUCUUCCACUUCUCCGGCACUGGGGACGGCCAGAGGGUCUUCCCCAGCCGACAGUACUAGCUCUUCGACCAGCGGGAAGGCUGAUCAGGUGGUGGUGGGUGUGUGCGCCAUGAACAGCAAGACACUGGCCCCUCCCAUGCAGAGCAUACUGUCCCGCCUACAGCACUAUGACUACAUCAAGAUCGUGGUGUUCUCUGACGCCAUCAUACUUAAAGACAGGGUAGAAGACUGGCCCCUCUGUGACUGUCUCCUUGCCUUCUUCUCCGAAGGCUUCCCUCUCCAAAAGGCAGUGGACUAUGUCAGACUGCGCAGACCCUUUGUCUUCAAUGACCUCAACAUUCAGUUCACUUUACAGGAUAGAUCAAAAGUGUACGAUAUAUUGAAGCAGAGCGGGAUUCGAGUUCCCCGCUAUGCAGUGUUAAGGAGACCUAAUGAUGAACUAAGUGAGCCUACCAAGGACAUUAUAGAGGUGAACGGGGAAGCGUUCCACAGGCCAUUUGUGGAGAAGCCUCUGUCGGCGGAGGACCACAAUGUUCACAUCUACUUCCCGUCUGACUAUGGUGGUGGCUGCCAGAAACUCUUCAGGAAGAUUGGUAACCGGAGCAGCUCCUACUGCUCAGAGAGCCGCGUCCGUCGGGACGGGUCCUACAUCUACGAGGAGUUCCUGGCCACGGAUGGUGUGGACGUGAAGGUCUACACUGUCGGUCCAGACUAUGCCCACGCUGAGGCCAGGAAAUGCCCCAGUCUGGAUGGUAUAGUCCAGAGAGAUGACAAGGGACUGGAGAAGAGGUUCCCUGUCAUCCUCACUGCAGAGGAGAAACUGAUGGCCAGACAAGUCAGCCUCGCAUUCAAACAAACUGUGUGUGGAUUUGACCUUCUGCGCUCCAAUGGGAAGAGCUAUGUGUGUGACGUCAACGGCUUCAGCUUUGUGAAGAAAUCUGAAAAAUACUACGACGACUGUGCCCAGAUACUGCUAGAGAUAAUCACGAGUCGUUUUGCUCCGGAAUAUUUCCCCAACAUCCCUCCAUCAGUUGAGUACCUCGCCGAGGAUGUCCCUGUACCCAUUCCCAAGACCGACAACAACAAGGACCAGCUGCGCUGUGUGAUAGGCAUCAUUCGUCACGGAGACAGAACUCCCAAGCAGAAGAUGAAGAUGAUCGUGAGCCACAAAAAGUUCUACCAACUCUUUGAGGAGAUGAACGGAUAUACCACGGGACACAUCAAAAUCAAGGAACCUCAGAAGAUGCAGCAACUGCUGGACAUCACUCGCUCUCUCCUGGAGCACCCAAACGGAGUGCAGGAAGAGGUGCACAAACUACAGCAGCUCAAGACUGUCCUGGAAAUGUAUGGCUACUUCUCAGGCAUCAAUAGGAAGGUGCAGUUCAAGCUUGUGACUCAUCGACCUACACCCACCAGUCCCAAAGGGCAAGGGUUGUUGCUGAUCCUGAAGUGGGGAGGAGAGCUGACGGCAGCAGGCCAGAGGCAGGCAGAAGAGCUGGGCCGGGCGUUCCGCUGCAUGUACCCCGGGGGAGAGGGGGAGUAUGCCUCUCUCCCGGGGUCGGGGUUCCUCCGACUUCACUCCACCUACCGACACGACCUCAAGGUGUAUGCCUCUGACGAGGGCCGGGUCCAGAUGACUGCGGCUGCCUUCACCAAGGGAUUACUGGACCUUGAGGGGAGUCUAGCAUCAGUCAGAACCCACCUGGUCAAGAGAGACCAACACGCCACUGACCUCCUCGACACCUCUAAUGGGGCUGAUGACAUCAUCAGAAGUGUAAAAGAGGAUCUCCAUCUCAUGAUGAGAUCUGCUGAGGAUUUCACUGAGGAUUCCUAUAAGACACUUGCUCCCACCAGGACCGAUUCCAUCCUGACUGCCAUGCGACAUGUGAGGAACCCGAGGAUAGCCUGCGAGCUCCUCUACCAGCAGAUCAAGUCCCUCACCGCUGAGAUCAGGACCAAGAUGGUCUCCCAGCCUAACAUACACCUGUAUGCCGGGGAGUCACUGGGGGUCAUGCUGCAGAGAUGGAGCAAACUUGAGAAGGAUUUCAAGGGGCCUAAUGGCCAAUUUGAUAUUAGCAAAAUACCUGAUAUUUAUGACUGUGUCAAAUACGACCUACUGCACAACAGACUGAUGGGUCUGGACCGAAAUAACCUCCAUGUGCUGUUUGACAAGGCCAUGUACCUAGCGGAUAUUGUCAUACCUCAGGAGUAUGGAGUAACAAGGGAAGAGAAGCUAGCAAUGGCAGAGAUAAUCUGCACCCCCCUCCUCAACAAGAUGCAGUCUGACCUGCACCAUGUUCUCUCCAACGAGAGCUCUGACAUCAACCACAGACUGGACCCCCAGCUCUCCAAGCACAUAGUCAUCUCCCCCAGCAGACAUGUCCGUACCAGACUCUACUUUACCAGCGAGUCACACAUACACUGCCUCAUCAACAUCCUCAGAUACAGCAGACUCUUUGGAGUGAACCCAGACGCAGAGUAUUCUGGUUGGAAGAAACUAUCGGGCACUCCAGAGCUCAACUUUCUGAGUCAGAUAGUCAUACUUCUGUAUGAGGAUGAGUCGCAGCCAAAGGACUCUGACUCCCGCUACUACAUCCACCUCCACAUCGGCUCUGGAGUCAAGGCCAGGAAACAGACACUCAGCGAGGGAGUCCCUUUCAUUGACGACGAUAUGAACUCCCCGCCUUCCUUUGUGAAGAGGCUCCCGACCCUCCCGACUAACAGAGGGUCAGACUCUGUGGUAGUGUCCUCGGCCACUCCACCCCCGUCCUCCAGGGUUGUCAGGAAGAUUGCCUCCUACCCCACCCUGCACUAUGUGGCCACUCAGCCCAUAGCUGUCGUGGCUACUCCGCCACACCAUCGGAAGAGUUCCAUCCCGUUCAGUGGUAGCGGGAUGUCGAGGGACGACAGUGUGUUGUUGAAAAUCCCACCCGACAGUCCCGGGAGGAAGCUCAUCAUCGGCUAUACCAAUGAAUCACUUCAGACCCUCGGAGAACCUGGUCUGGUGAUGGCUGCCGAGCUAUCCUCCACAGUGGAGCCACUCACCCACGUUGCCACCCUCCCUGGACACAAGUUCAUGGACUUUUUGGGACAGUUGAAGGGACUUGGAAAGUUCACCAAGUCCACACCAGAGCCUCCCAAUUAUCAACCUCACACAUAGAGUUGUCAAGAGCUAUAAUAACAUUGUGUCAUAUUUCACAUGUGCAUCCUCAUUUUUAAUGCAUCCCAAUUGUUUU